GGGGGUGGGGAGGCGAGUGGGUGAAGGGAGGGAGUGUAAAUAGAGGGAAGGAGGUCUCGCGGCUGUCCUGCCACCUCCGAGCGACUCUCGAGGAGCCCCAGUUGGAGAUGGAUGAAGACGAGCAGGAGGAGCGGCGCAGGAAAGUGGAGGCUGGGAGAGCCAAGCUUGCUAGCUUCCGACAGAGAAAAACAAAAAGUGACUGUCCGAAUUCGAAGAAAAAGACGGCGAAGAGGAAGGGUUCGGCUGUCAAUGCGCCUGUCCAGGAGGAGGAUUCGGUAGCCACUCCAAACAGUGAGCUUCCCCAAGGAGAGGCUGGUUUUGAAAGCACGUCAUGCAGCAGCACCCUGGAGGGGAGCACAGGGGAGUUUGCAGCUCAGGAACGACAAGACUGUGACCUGGAUGAGCCUGGCCUGCAGCCGCAGCCACAGCAGCAGCUGCAGCCACAGCAGCAGCCGCAGCCACAGCAGCAGCCGCAGCCACAGCAGCAGCCGCAGCCACAGCCACCCCAGACAGGACACAGCCUUGAGCUGGAAGCGCUGCGCCUGAGCCUGAACAACAUGCAUACGGUACAGCUGGAGCUGACACAGGCCAACCUGCAGAAGGAAAAGGAGACGGCGUUGACGGAGCUGCGGGAAAUGCUCAAUGGCCGGCGGGCCCAGGAGCUGGCGCUGCUGCAGAGCAGGCAGCAAUGUGAGCUGGAGCUGAUGCGGGAGCAGCAUGCCCGGGAGAAGGAGGAGGUGGCACUCCGCUGUGGGCAGGAAGCAGCUGAGCUGAAGGAGAAGUUACGUUCAGAAAUGGAGAAAAACGUCCAGAUGAUAGAGACUCUGAAGCAAGAUUGGGAAUCUGAGAGAGAGUUAUGUCUGGAAAAUCUCCGCAAGGAAUUGUCUGCGAAGCACCGGUCGGAAAUGGAGGGUUUGCAAAACCAGUUUCAGAGAGAAUUAGCGGAACAGAGGGCUGAGCUGGAGAAGAUUUUUCAAGCCAAACAUGAGGCUGAAGUUUCCCUGAAGGAGACCCAGCACCAGGCAGCUGUCAAGAAGUUACAGGAAGACCUGCAGUCGGAGCACUGCCAGUAUUUACAAGAUUUAGAGAUGAAAUUCAGAGAAAAGGAAAAAGAGAAAGAGUUGGAGUUAGAGAAUCUUCAAGCAUCCUAUGAAGACCUGAAGGCUCAGUCCCAAGAAGAAAUUAGACGCCUAUGGUCCCAGCUUGAGUCUGUGAAAACCAAUACAGAGGGACUGAAUGGGUCAUGGGAGCCGCUUGUGGCCCAGGACUCUCACCGGGAGGAGCUGGAGCAUCUGCGGUCAGACUUUGCGAAGCAGCAGCAGCAAGAGCGAGCCCAGCAUGAAUUGGAGCUGGAGCACCUGAGGGUCUAUUUUGAGAAGAAGCUGAGGGAUGCUGAGAAGACAUACCAAGAAGACCUGACCUUGUUCCAGCAACGGCUGCAGGAGGCCAGGGAGGAUUCUCUGGAGUCUGGAGAGAUCAGUUCGGCCUGUAUAUUUCCAGAGGAGACACCCGGCCGAGGAAGAAAGGAGCAAUUUGAUCCACUUGAUCUUCGGCUGGAACAGCCGGAGGAGAACUCAGCAAGUUUACAAGCAGGGCUGGAAGAAGACCCCAGGCACGAAACAGGUGUGUUGAGUUCUUCCCUCGACUUCCAACUCCAGGAGGACGAGUCACACAGCUCCCACCUGAGGCCUGAGGAAGAAGAACAGGAGAGCCUCCCGCUUGUCCUCUCAGACCAGCACAGCCAAGAGCUUGCCCCAGAAUACCUGCAGUGCGCACAGGACAUGGCUGUGGAGGCCGAUGCCCGGGUGGCUGCCAGAAUCCUGACUCUGGAAGCUGAACACAAGGUUAAACUUUCACUUCUUCAGACGGAGCUCAAGGAAGCAGUUGAACUCUUGAAAACAGAGAACAGGAGUUUACAGGAGAAACUGCAGUACGAGACCCACCUGAGAGAGGAGCUGGAGAGUGUCAAACAUAGUCUAGUUGAAGACCAUCAGGUAAAACUAAGUAAAGCCGAGGAGAAGAUUCAGCUAAUGAAAGAAGAGUUCCACAAAAAGGAAGCUGAGUGGGAGCGUUCCCAGGAGGAUCUCAGGAGAGACGCUGAAGGGAGACUAACCUCCAUGUUUCUUGAGCUAAGAGAAAAGGCCGAGAGUGAGAAACAGUCCAUAAUAAGCAGGUUUGAGCUCCGGGAGUCUGGCAUGAGGCACCUGCAGGAGCAGCAGGCGGCCCAGAUCUUGGACCUGGAGAGAUCUCUGAUGGAGCAGCAGGGCCGCCUGAGGCAGCUGGAACAAGAGCUCACUAGAGAUGAAGUUCUGCCCUGCAGCCGCUGCGGCCAGGAGCCCCUUGCGGCCCAGGAUGAGGAGCACAUCACGCUGCUCCGUGAGAAGGAAGACUGUGCCCUGCAGCUGAUGAUGGCCCAGAAUAGGUUUUUGGAAGAGCGGAAAGAGCUUAUGGAGAAGUUCGCCAAGGAACAGGAUGCUUUCCUUCGGGAUGCCCAGGAGAAGCACGCCCACGAGCUCCAGCUACUGCAGCAGGGACACCAGCAGCAGCUUCAGGCCCUGAGGAUAGAGCUUGAGACCCAGCACCACUCUGAGCUCGCCGAGCAGCUCGCCUCCCUGGAGAGCAAGCAGCAGGCACUUGUUGAGUCUCACGUGGCUGAACUGCAGGUAAAACACAAUGCUGAGAUUAGCACUUUGCAGAUGAAACAUUUGGCAGAUUUGCAUGCGGUGGAAUCCUUUUACUUGACCGACAUUGAGACUAUUCGGGAUGAGCACAGAAAGGCUUUGGAGCUUUUGCGAGCAGAGCUCGAGGAGCAGCUACAGAAAAAGGACUCUUCUCACAAUGAGAUUUUGACUCAUGAGCUGGAAAAACUAAAACUGAAACACGCCGAGGAGCUUCAGUCUGCAAAAGACAGCUCGAGAAUCAAAAUGCCUGCCAAAUACACAGAGGAAGCGAAGGGCCUGGCCACUGACUUGCAAGGGACACAACAGGAAGAACUGGCUGUGACUGUUCACAAUCAAAGGCACCUGCUAGGGAAAGAUGGAAAUGCUGCUUUAGGUAGCGUGGGUGCCAAGGUCCUGCUGCACCCAACCGUGCCUCAGGAGCUGGGAGACCCACACACCGCUGAAAUGCAGAAGCCACAAGCAGAGCUGGUCAAACCUCAAGAGCUGCCGGCAUCUCAGGAACAGGCUGCACUGCUGAAAGGCCAGGUCUUCUCGCUGAGUCGGGAGGUGGAAGAGUGCCGAGCUGAGCUGGAGAGGCUGCAGCAGAGGAGGGAGCGGGAGAACCAGGAGGGCGCCACUCUCAUCUGCAUGCUCAGGGCUGAUGCAGACCUGGCUCGGAGCGAAGGGAAGGUACUCCAAGAUGCUCUGAGGAGACUGCUUGAUUUGUUUGGAGAAACACUGAAGACAGCUGUCACCCUAAAGAGCCGAAUCAGUGAGCGUGCGGGUCUCCUCCUGGACCAUGUGGAUGCUACGGAUACAAGCGAUGCCCGGUUAGCAGCUGCAGCCCUUGGCGAUAUGUGGUCUGAUGAGGGUCUACUUGAGAUAGACAGAACUUUGCCUGAAGGGGCAGAAACGUCUUCAGUGUGUGAAAUUAGCAGUCAUGUGUGUGAAAGCUUUUUUAUGAGCCCUGACAACACACUGGAAUGUGAGCAGCCAAUUAGGAAAGUCUACCAGAGCCUCAGCAGGGCUGUUGAUGGCCUCCUGGAGAUGGCCCUGGACUCCUCCAAACAGCUGGAGGAAGCACGCCAGCUCCAUUGCUGUGUGGAGAAAGAGUUCCGUCAUAGGAACGAGGAGAUGGCACAGUCUGUGCAGAAGCAACAGGAGCUGCUGGAACACCUGAGGCAGGAGAGUGCCGCCAAGGAUGGGCUGGCGCUGGAGCUGCACACAGCAGAGGGUCUCCUGGAAGGACUCAAGGUGGAGAAAGCAGAUCUGCAGGAGGCUCUGGGCAAAAAGGAGGAGUCGGAGCAGCAGCUGAUCCUGGAGCUAGAGAGCCUGCGGAAGCAGCUGCAACAAGCAGCCCAGGAGCUGGCCACUCUGAGGGAAGAAAACUCUGUCCUGUCGAGCCAGAAGGAAACUCUCACUAAUGAAGCAAAGGAACGAGAAGCUGGUACUCCCAUCUCUGCAACACACAAGGACACAGCGCUGCAGAAGGAAGUGGAGUCUCUGUCCAGAGACCAGUGGGAGGCCAGGAAGCAGUCUGAGAAGGACCGUGCCACCCUGCUCUCUCAGAUGCGAGUCUUGGAGUCCGAGUUGGAGGACCAGCUUGUGCAGCACCGCGGCUGUGGCCAGCUGACUGAGGAAGUGGCCACCCUGAAGCAGGAGCUGGCUGCCCUAGACAAGCAUUUACGUAGCCAGCGUCAGUUCAUGGAUGAGCAGGCUGCUGAGCGUGAGCACGAGCGAGAAGAGUUCCAGCAGGAGAUCCAGAGGCUGGAGGAGCAGCUCCGCCAGGCAGCCCGGCCACGGCCUCCUGGGCCCCGUGACAGCCAGUGCGCACAGCUAGAUGAGGAGGUGGAAUUAUUACAAGAAAAAUUGAGAGAGAAAUUAGAUGGAUUCAAUGAAUUGGUCAUAAAGAAAGAUUUUGCAGAUCAACAAUUGUUAAUUCAAGAAGAAGAAAUUAGACGUCUUGAAGAGAAAAAUGUCAACAUACAAAGACAAAUGGCCCAGCUCCAGGAAGAACUGGAAAAACAGAAAAAAAACUUGGAAGAAUUAAAAGAUAACGAGGUCCUAAAGCAAGAGCACACGAGGGACCUUCUGCUACCACCUGUAUCACAGCGUAGGCUGCAUGAAGCCGGGUGUCCCGUGCCUUUUCAGGACAGCUUCUCUAGGGGUCCUGAAACCCAACCAGAGGUAACAGAGAGCACACCUGUGCAGCCUGUGCAUGAGGUUGUACCCAGGAGAAACUCUGAGAUUGAAGAGCUGAAAGCCAUCAUCGAAAAUUUGCAGGAAAACCAGGAACAAUUACAGAAGGAUAAAGCAGAAGAAAUUGAACAGCUCCAUGAAGUCAUUGAGAAGCUGCAGAGUGAGCUGAUUCUCAUGGGGCCCAAGUUGCAUGAACUCAGUGAUCAUCAGGGUAGCAGUCUCCACACCGAGCUGUCCUGCCUCCAUGCAGAAGGCCAGCAUGGACAGGCACUACGGAAUGAGCUGGAGGCGGCACAGGCAGCCAAGGAAGUCUUUGGCCAGCUUCUGGCAGAGCAGGCACACGGACACAGCCAAGCCCUGGAGGAAUUGCAGCAGCGUCUGCAAGAUGCAGAGGAGGUCGCUGCAAGACGCUUGGCAGAACUAGAACAUUGUGUGGCCCUCAGAGAAGCUGAGGCUGAAGGCAUGGCCUCCCGGAUCCAAGAAUUUGAAGCUCUCCUGAAGGCAAAGGAAGCAAUCAUUGUACAGAGAGAUCUGGAAAUUGAUGCCAUAAACAGGUGGAAAAUGACCCAUUCCCUUGAGCUGGAGACCAUCCUUUUGGCUUUGACACACUUCCGUCAUGCCCUGGAACAGCAGACCCUUGCCACCCCAGACGAGCCUCCUGAGCUACAGCAGCUGCGAACACAGUGCGCUCGCCUCAGCCAGCAGCUGCAGGUGCUGCACCAGCGUUUCCUGAGGUGCCAGAUGGAGCCAGACCAGCAGCAGGCCCCCGUAGCUCCAGCUGACUGCUCGUACCUUUGUGCAGAUGCACAGACUAAACGUGAUGGUCAGUUGGCACAGGACAGUGUCAGCAUGGAGCUGGCCUUGGCCCCCCACAGCUCGGCUCCACAGGACAAUCUACAGUCUGCCAAAGUCCUUGUGACACCCAAGGAUGCCAGCCUCUACAAGCCCGAAAGUGUGAUGUCAGUGCUCGCGGUCUGCCAGAGGCAGCUGGAGACGGAGAUGCUUUUAAUGAAAAAUGCAAUGCACUUGAGCAUGGAGGAGGACUGCGAGGUUCCCAAAGGGAUGCAGGCUAAGGAGCAGCGACUGGAAGAUUGUCAGCUGGGCAGUGGGAACCUCGUUGUCCAGGUGAAACAACUGCAGGAGAAACUGCACCGCUUGGUGCAUUCCAUGGCCUCGAGAGACACCAGCCUGGAAAACCCUAAAUUACAGCGGCCAAGCCUGUCAGAAAACGGCUCAAGUCGUCAUAAUGAUGAAGAAAGCAAUGCGUCACCUCCCGUCGCUAAAACCACGUGGGAUGUAAUUGAUGCUAUUAAAAAUCAGGAUUUGUUGGCCCAAGUUGAAAUGCCAAGUUUUCCCCCUCAGGAACUGUUAACACCACAAGGAGGACCUCUUGGUGUGCACAGUGACUCCCUCCACACUGAGGAGGCUGAGCCCCAGAAGGACCCCGUGAGGGCACUGGACCUGUCUUCCUGGAGCUCCCCUGAGGUCCUCCGGAAGGACUCAACCCUCGAGCCCCAGCACAGCUUCUCCCUGACACCCCGCACAGGUACAGUGAGCCUGCGCAGUGUGGACACCUCCUCCCAAGACUGGACAGACUCACUGCUGCCGGCCGAUGCGGCAGGGCUGCUUUGUUACCCGGGCAAGUCAGCAACAGCACAGUCCCCGCUGUGGGUGGUGGCUCCUUCAGCUGAGGACCACCGUGUGGAGAGGCCAGCUACGGAGAAGGAUGUCAAAGACUUUAUCGUAACAUCUUUUGAUUCUCAAGAACUGUUAACAUCCCCUCAUGAGUUAGCAAGAAGAAGUGAUGGGAGCGGGAAAAGCGAUGGCCCGAGCAGUGGUAUGAUGCCGACUUCGGGCUCAGGGGGAUCCGAGACUCCCCCCACUGGCCCUGUGGCUGCUGCUGCUCUACCUUUCUCCAGAAGGUUUGUACAGUCCCCAGGAGCAAUGAAGGAGAAGGAAAUCCACGCAAAGCAUAUGAAGGCUUUGCUGCAGAUGGUAUUUGAUGAGAGCCACCAGAUACUGGCCUUGUCAGAGAGCCAUGACCUCCCUAAUCCACUGAGCAAGGGUGAACCACGUGACCCCCUGGAUGGCCUCGCAAGGGACAGGCAGGCCCUUUUGGAGGUGACAGCUGACAGAGGAGAGAAGGAGCCUUCGGAAGCACACCUUGCAUGGAGUGUGGAGCUUCUGCGGGCCAUACAGGAAGUGUUUACCAGGGAGCAGGAGAACACUGAGCUGCAGUCUAGAUCCUACGGCUUGGACCUGGGAGAUUAUAAUGCCCUGUUCAGGAGGCUGGAGAAGGUUAUUCAAGAGCAGGGAGACCUGCAGAAGGUCCAGGGACACCUGUGUCUGCCCGAAAGGAGCAGCCUGCUAUCCGAGAUUCAAGCCCUGCGUGCCCAGCUCCGCAUGACACACCUGCAGAACCAAGAGAAGCUGCAGCAGUUGUGUGCGGCCCUGACAAGCACGGAGUCCCGCGGGAGCCAGCGGGAGCACCAGCUCCGAAGGCAAGUUGAACUGCUGGCAUACAAAGUUGAGCAGGAGAAGUGCAUAGCCAACGACUUACAGAAAACCCUGAACAAAGAACAGGAGAAGGCGAGUGACGCCCGGAAGCUCCUCAUGGUGGAACAGAGUGCAGUACAGGAUUUGAAGUCAGAGCUGCACGCGUGUAAGCAGGAGAACACACGGCUGUUGGAGUCCCUGGACAAGGUGCAGCAGGAAGUCCUGCGUCUCAGAGCCAUGCUCGACGGCAAGGAGAAUGAACUGAAGGUGAUACUGGAGGAGCUGGAGUGCGAGCGUGGAAAGGAGCGAGCCCUUCAGGCCCAGCAGGAGGAGCAGCACCUGCGGCACCUGCAGAGGGAAGGCCAGAGCUCCAGGGCCCUGGAGGAGUUAAAAAUGACUUUGGAGAAGCAGCGUGCUCAAAAUAACCAACUAUGCAUCGCUUUGAAACACGAGCGUGUGGCCAAGGACAACCUGCAGAAGGAGCUGCAGAUCGAGUCCUCCCGCUGUGAAGCCUUGCUGGCGCAGGAGAAGGGCCAGCUUUCUGAACUGCAGAAGAGCCUAGAAGCCGAGAGGAGCCGCUCCCUCGAGCUCUCAGAGGCCCUACAGCACGAGCGGCUCCUGACCGAGCAGCUGAGCCGCAAUGCGCAGGAAGCCUGUGCCCGCCAGGAGACGCAAGUGCAGCAUGCCUUAUUGCGGAAGCUGAAAGCAGAGAAGGCGCGUGCCUUGGAACUGGAGAGCAUGCUCGAAAAGGUGCAGAAACAGGCUGCACACACACAGCAGCAACUGGAGUCUCAGGCUCAGGAGCGCUGUGUAGAGCUCAGGAAGGAGAAGGAGGUAAGUGGCAACCUGAGAUCAGCCGUGGAUGCCCUGCAGACCCACAAGCAGGAGCUGGAAUGCUGGCUGGAGAGAGAGAGGGAGAAGGCAGCUUGGCUACAGGCAGAAUUAGAACAGUUAUCCACAAGAGUGAAAGAGCAAGAAGGCCGCAAGGAUGCAAGGAGGAUGGAGAGGAGGUCAAGCCGAGCAGACGUGGGAGCGCAGAAGUGGCAGACAGACAAGGAGAAGCUGCGGGAGUUAGAAUUACAGCGCCAACGUGAUGAGCAUAAAAUCGAGCAGCUUCAGCGGGUGGUGAGAGAGUUGAGGUGGAAAGAGAAGGUCCCUGGGGGAGAUGGCCCUUGCCGGAGCUCCCCCCGCCUGAGCUCUCUGGAGCCGGACCGUGUCCAGGAACAGCAGCAGGAGCUGGAGAGGAUACGGCAGCAGCUGCUGUGUGCAGCGGGGCUCCUCACAGGCUUCACCAACCACACUGUGGACAGGACAAUUAAAGAUUGGACAUCAUCAAACGAGAAGGCGGUGUCAUCCUUAAUGCGUACUCUUGAGGAACUGAAGUCUGAACUAAGCAUACCUACCUCCUCUAAGAAAAAGAUGGCUGCAGAACUCCAGGUCCAGCUCAUGAAUGAACUGCUGAGAGACAACGAUGCCCUUACAAAAGCUGUCAGCAUGGCAACCCAGGAGAAGGCGGAGCUGUGCAGGACGGUGUCCCGGCUGGAGAAGACCCUGAAACACCACACACAGAAGGGCUGCCUGCUCAGUAGGCAAAGCAAGUCUUCAUGCAAGCAAGAUGGGUCGGUUCUUCAGAGUCCUCUACGACACUCAGAUCCAGAGUGGCACACCACGGCUACAAGUAUGGAAGCAAAUACCUGCAAUACCAAGAUGGAGAAACUGUACCUGCAUUAUCUGAGAGCAGAGAGCUUUAGAAAAGCUCUCAUUUACCAAAAGAAGUAUCUCCUGCUGCUGAUUGGUGGAUUCCAGGACUCUGAACAGGAAACGCUCUCCAUGAUUGCUCAUCUGGGAGUAUUUCCUUCCAAAGCAGACAAGAAAAUGUCUACGUCGCGUCCUUUCACAAAGUUCCGCACCGCUGUGAGGGUCGUCAUCGCCAUACUGAGGUUGCGAUUUCUGGUUAAGAAAUGGCAAGAAGUGGAUCGGAGAGGAGCGCUAAUACAUGGCAGAAGCACCCGCCAAGGACAUCGAAUGUCCCGGAGACAGCAUUCUCCAUCAGAAACCAGAGCGUCCCUGCCAACCAGAGAAGUUUCCUCGGGCCACAUCAAGGACUCUAGACACAGCCUCAGAUCCUCAGCAAUAGUACCGCUGGGCAAGGCGGAAAGAUCAACUUCGUCACCAAAUUCACGGCUAGAAAGAUCCCUGAGUGCUUCUCAAGAUCCAGAACAUUCCUUGACAGAAUAUAUUCAUCAUUUGGAAAUGAUCCAGCAGAGACUUGGGGGAUUACCAGCAGAUUCUACUCAGAAAUCCUGCCACCAGAAGAUUAAACAAUGAAUAAAGUCUUGUGGCUCUUACCCUGUGACAGUUGUAUCUGAGGAGAGAUGGUUUUCCUAAGGAAAGCUCAUGGUAUGGUCUGGGAGCCGCCGCGUGUUUUCACCUCAACACACUGCUAAGUGGAGCAGUUUUUGCUCCUUCCCUCCUCCCAGUGAGCAAUGGCGGUGUUGUACUCUGUGCCUAUUGAUGGAGCCUCUGCCUCUUCCAUGUCAGAAGUGGAGAGUAGUUCCAGUUGUUUAUUUUCUUAACGCGUAAGGAUGGAAAGUUCAUUUGAAAAUGAACACAUAGGAAGGAAAGAAUAAAUUUUGGAAGGAAAGAAUAAAGUUUAAGUACUAUUGUUUUA